AUGUAUCGACAAAUGCUGAAAAAUGGGAAUUUGGGAAUCGAGACCGAGAAAAUACCCGAAAUUCAGCUAUCCGUGGAAACGGAAGAGACCAAGAGUCUUAUGGAAAAGACAGAAGAGCAACUCCUCGAGGAACGAGAGAAACGUCGACAAGUCCGUGACAUGAUUUCUGGAUUUCUCAAUCAAAUGGCACAGAAAGAUGAUCAAACGAUAGGAAUAGGUCAACAAACUUUAAAGCAAUUGUGCCGAAUUGACGAAGAUCAAAAAGUGAUUUUGAAGAGAACGUUUGCAUUGAUGGAGAAAGAUAUGGUCAACAAUGGGCUCAAGAUUCUUGUUUUACUCUUUGCCGAGUAUCCACAAUACAAAAAGAUUUGGCCGCAAUUCCGGGCGAUUCCCGACUCGUCGUUGAUGAAUGCGAUCGAAUUGAGAAAACAUGCAUCGGUUUACAUGUGUGGUCUUCGACAAAUCAUCUACUCUCUAGAGAACGAGAAAGAUCUCGCCGAUCAUUUAAAUCGAAUCGCUCGCGCUCACAUCAAAUGGAGUGUCUAUCGGCAUCAUGUCGAGCACAUGUGUGCACCAGUAUUGGAGACACUGGGCGCGGUGAGUGGUGGAAUUGAUGAGAAGACAAAAGAGGCGUGGACUCGUCUCUAUGACGUCAUCGCGAAUCUGAUCGAAAUCUACCGAGAAGUCAACAAGAAUAAAGUGACCCGGAGA